UAAGCCUUUCAGAGAGGCUUUCAAGAGGAAGAACUAAUAAAUUGCUCUGAAGUUGAUACAAGCUUCUCUGGGAAAAAGAGCAGGGCCUGGAAAGCUUCUGAUAGAGAGCAGCUGUUUUCAGAUACUUAUCUUAAAUCUCAGACGUGUUUUCCUGCCAGCUGCUGCACUGCAGAAGAUUAGCAGACAUGUCCAUAGCACUGAAGCAAGUCUUUAAUAAAGAUAAGACUUUCCGCCCAAAACGCAAGUUUGAACCUGGAACCCAGAGGUUUGAACUUCACAAACGAGCACAAGCAUCUCUCAACUCAGGCGUGGACUUGAAAGCAGCUGUGCAGCUGCCCAGUGGAGAAGAUCAGAAUGACUGGGUGGCUGUUCAUGUUGUUGACUUCUUCAAUAGGAUCAACCUCAUUUAUGGAACUAUCUGUGAGUUCUGCACGGAGAGGACGUGCCCGGUGAUGUCUGGAGGCCCCAAGUAUGAGUACCGGUGGCAGGAUGACUUGAAGUACAAGAAGCCCACAGCAUUGCCAGCGCCCCAAUAUAUGAAUCUUCUCAUGGACUGGAUCGAGGUGCAAAUCAACAAUGAGGAUAUAUUUCCUACAAGUGUAGGUGUUCCCUUUCCAAAGAACUUCCUCCAGAUCUGCAAGAAGAUACUCUGUCGGCUUUUUCGGGUGUUCGUUCAUGUCUACAUCCAUCACUUCGACCGUAUCAUCCUUAUGGGGGCUGAGGCCCAUGUCAACACCUGUUACAAGCAUUUUUAUUAUUUUGUGACAGAGCUCAACCUCAUAGACCGCAAAGAGCUAGAGCCUUUGAAUGACAAGACAGCUGAGGUAUUGGCUGGCACUCGUGGGUAUCAUGUAGUCCAAGUCCCUGUGUCACCUAGAAAGGGCACCCAGGACCACGUCAUGCUUUAG